AUGCCUAGUCAGCAGACAUCUCAGCAUACCCCCACAAAGAGACAUGUUUCAAAAUCACCUGCAAUAAAGAAGAAACAGAAGAACCAACCAUCAAUUGAACUUGAUGAGGAACAUGAUACAUUGGAAGCAUUAUCUGAUGAUGAUGAAGAAUGCGGUGAAACUGAUACUGACUUGGAUGAAGAAGAACCUGACAGAUAUGAAGAAGGCAAAAGUGAUCGCCAAAAUAUGAUGAUGCAGAAGUACAAAAUUGGUAUUUUAAACACAAAGCUGGAGGGUGAUGAAACUUUUAAGAUUGAAGACGAAAGAGAUGGAAUAUAUGGCGCAUUAUGGAAUGCAUGUGCUGGACCCUCCGUUAAAAUUCCACGUAUAGGAGAGAAAGUUUUUUAUUUCCCACAAGGUCACUUAGAACAGGUCGAAGCAUAUACAAAUCAACGAACCAGUUCUCAAAUGCCUGUUUAUGAUCUACCAUCAAAGAUUCUCUGCAGAGUUAUAUAUGUACAACUUAAGGCUGAAAUGGAAUCAGAUGAAGUGUUUGCUCAAGUGACACUAGUUCCGGACUCGAAGCAAGAUGAACCUGGAAUAAACAAAGAGAAACUUCUUUUUCCUCCUAAGAACACUAAAGUUUACUCCUUUUGCAAGAUACUUACUCCAUCUGAUACAAGUACUCAUGGAGGAUUUUCGGUUCUUAGACGACAUGCUAAUGAAUGUCUUCCACCUUUGGACAUGAGCCAGCAACCACCAUGUCAAGAGUUGGUGGCAAAAGAUUUGCAUGGGGUAGAAUGGCGCUUCCGCCAUAUUUAUCGUGGUCAACCCAAGAGGCACUUGCUUACAAGUGGUUGGAGUACAUUUGUGAACUCAAAGAAACUUGUUGCUGGUGAUACCUUUAUUUUCAUAAGGGCAGAAGAUGGGGAGCUUCGCGUUGGGUUUCGCCGUGCUUCAAGUAAGAUGCAAAGUUAUCCAUCAACAUCAGUCAGCAGUCACACCAUGCAGCUUGGCAUACUCGCAACUGCUUCGCAUGCACUUUCAACUGGAUCCAUGUUCAGUGUUUACUAUCGUCCAAGGACAAGCCCAUCAGAGUUCUUGAUCCCAUAUAAGCAAUACAUGAAUAGCGUAAGAAGCAGUUUUGCAGUUGGGACUAGAUUUAAAAUGAGGAUUGACAGGGAAGAAGCUCCAGAAGAAAGACCUUCAGGCACCUUAGUUGGUAUCGAAGAGGAUGAUCCUGUUCACUGGCCCUGCUCGCAAUGGAAAUGUCUCGUCGCUCAUUGGGAUGAACCAUCUUCCUCCGUGCCACGUCCACUUCGGAUUUCUCCAUGGAUGAUUGAACCACUUUCAGCUGCGACUAACAUGCAACAGGUUCAAUCCCGAACAAAGAGACUUAGAACCAGUCAAGCAUCACCAGAUGAAUCAUCUACACUGUGCAAUGAUGGUUAG